CCUGUACGCGUUCACGAGCCAUGAUGAAUGUAGUCGGGUGCGCGCCUCUGCCUGUACAGCAUUCACAAAAUGUUAAAGGGAUGCUAAAUGCAGUCCUGAAUUCCCCCAGCGCGGGCCUUUGUCACCCAUGACAACUAAGGACGCGUUGACAUGUCUUACCUCAAGUAAAGAUCCUGUGUGCAUGAACUUGAAAGGCAACGGUGACCCAGUCAAGUUGUGAUUGGCUGUUACUAAAAUCAAUCAAGCUGGACAGUUUGUCCCAUGGCAACUCACUCAGCAACCAGUGCCCAGCAAAAAGACUCAUCCCUGUAUGUAUUGAGUGUAUAGUUCAUGUGCUCAAAGGUCUGAACAGGCAGCCUCACAGCAAGCUACCAUGCCUCCAAAGAAAAAAACGAAAAAGAUCACAAAAAAGAAUCCACAAAAAAGUGAAAAUGACUUGGAAGCCAAGUAUAGGCGCAGUACUCUGGAUGUAGCCAUUCUACAGGAUCACAUUGCCUUACAGUGUGAGUCUGUAAGAAAGGUCCAGUCUGAUAGAAUUGACCUGAGGAGACGCCUGAAAGACAUGGAGCAGAAGUUGCAGCAUGAGAGACAAGACCACAGGGACGUCAACUCUGACCUCAGUCGCCAGUACAAAACCAUGCAGACAGAGCUGACCAACAAGGCGAAGAGAAUGGAGAAGGAGGUCAGCCAGCUGAAGGAAGAUCUUGUGCUGUGUCAGGAGGAGCUAAGGAAAGAGAAAAGAGAACGUGAGCAGGUACAACAGGAGAAGGACGCCAUCAUAGCUGACCUCCAACAUAAGCUGAACAACAUGGAAACAGACUACGAGAAGAUCCUGCAUGAGACUCUCGACAGCCUGACCUCCCAGCUGUCUGUGACUCGACAGGGAUGGGAGGACAAGAGCACAACCCUUCAUCAGAAUUACAAGGAACUGCUCUCGGAUUUUGGCCUGGAUGCACUGCACAUCUAAAAGACAAAUGAAAGCAGCUUCUUUUCUCAUUGAGACACAUUUUGUUGUUCAUAUGUUGUAUCUCCAUCUCAGUUCUAUUUGAUCCGACUACCGCAUCUGUUUGGUUCAAUUGAAAGUGAUGUGCACGACAGCAUCAAUUUGCAACUCACAAUUUAGUAUGCCUAACACACAGACGGAUGUUCUUAUUAUAUAAUAUUUUACCAUCAGAGUACAAAAUAGACUGAGUGAUAUGUAUUCAGUAGCUCACCAUGUGGUGUCUGUAAUUUUGUGUAGUGCCCACUAGAUGUAGCAAAUGACUGUUUACGGUCGGGGACAUGGUGGCCAGAAUGUCUUAGAUAGUUUUUAAGAGUAUUUCUUAUGUGUAAACACAUGGUAUACUUUGUUGUUUUACAAGAUAUUUCUUUAGUCAAAUAAAAGUAGUAUGUGACGACUACAGUAACAUGGUAUGAAAUUAAUGAUUCUGUUUUGCGAGUACACUGUACUGUACAUUUACACAGCAGUAAAGACCACCAUGAUCUUACUACAGGCGUGUUAGUAAUGAUACAAAUUUUCUCAGAAUG